AUGUCCGAGGGAACUGCAGGGGACCUGAAUCCAGGCCCGGUGGUACACCUCCAGGGUCAGGGAAGCGUGGAAGGCCGCGUGCAAGAUGGCGUCGCGCGGUUCUUGGGCAUUCCGUAUGCCGUGGCGGAGCGCUGGAAAGCGCCCAAGUCUCCGGCGCCCUGGCAGGGCACCCUCUUUCAGCGGAGGCUGGCCAGAUGCCCACAACCAGGACGCCCAAGUGCGACCUCCGAAGGCCAUAUCAUGGAAGAUGAUGAAAAUUGCCUGCAGCUGAACAUCUGGACGCCCAUGAGUGCUUUGGCGGAUUCCGAGUCGUGUCCAAAGUUGCCAGUCUUGGUCUACAUUCAUGGCGGUGGUGGCAAGUCACAUUCCGCGCACUGCCCCAGGGAGAGUGGCCAUCAUCUUGCCCUGGCGCAAGGCCUGUGCUGUGUGAACAUCAACUACCGCCUGGGGAUUUUCGGCUUUCUGGCUCACCCCGAGUUGUCACAGGAAGACCGAGAAAACAUGGCGCUGGGAGACAAAGCAGGAUCCGGCAACUAUGCCAUGCUGGAUCAGCUUUGUGCAUUGAGUUGGGUGCAGCGCCACAUUGCAAACUUCGGCGGGGAUGCGCAGAACGUCACCAUUUGGGGCUUGUCUUCGGGUGCCCAAUACGUUUCGACCUUGCUGGUCUCGCCUGCUGGCCAAGGACUGUUUCACAGAGCUGUGGUGCAAAGCUGUGCAGACCUGAACAACGUUCGACAGCUGGACUCCUCUUGUGACGUGUGGCUUGGGAAAACUGCAGAGCAGUGGGGAGAGUGCGUUGGUCAGGAGCUGGGCUGUGCUUCUGGAGCCGGCCAACUGGCUGCCAUGAGAGCCCUCCCCGCGGCUGCCCUGGUGGCCAAGACCUUCGUUGCUGCCGCGCACGACUGCUACGAGCCCGCCAUCGACCGCCGCGACCCGGAGCUGUCUGUGAAGCCCUGGUCAUCCCUGGAAGCUUUGCAUCAGGGCCGUUUCAACAAAGUGCCCGUGUUGAUAGGCGUUACGGACCACGAUGGCUUGGGCAAGGUUGAGCUUGAACAGACUCUUUUUCAGGAUGCGCGAACUCGGGAGGAGUUGGAAGCUCUCCUCAACCGGGAGUUCCCAGAGGCCUCAGCUCGCGUCAUCUCUCGUUUCUGGCCUUCGGAGGCUGCCGAAGCCAAGGCAGUCCACCAAACACUCAGCAGGCUGAGCAAUGACCUUUGGUAUUUUGCAGGUUCAUAUUACAUGAGCCAGCUCCUAGCAGAGGAAACGCCCGUGUUCUCUUAUUCCUUCGGAGGUCUGAAGCACAGUGUCCAUGGAAGUGAUGCCAUGUACUGGAGGGGAUCACCCAAGGGCACCCUGCCCGCGCUGAUGUCAACCUACCUCGCAAAUUUCGCGCCGACCGCCCAGUCUGGAAUCCGGGAUACCGGUCGCGUAUGCAUUUUGGGAACCUUUCGGAGAUGA